CACCCGUAUUUCCUGCUCGUAUUCUCGUAUAUUCUGCUCUCGAUUGUUUUGAAUGUUUGGCUUUAUUGAUUGCCAAACACACCGAAAAGACUACUUAAUUUAAUAAAUUGAAUUGAUAUAAAUGCUACUGAAUUCAAUUUUUGGGGUUCACCUUGAAUCCUGUUUUUAUACGAGGAAGUAUUGUUGCUGGCGGGAUAUUAUGAAUGUUACACAAAAACAGUGUACUGUUUUGUACAUGCCAUUUAUGUUCCACUUUCUGUUCAAAUGGCGACUCAGAAGAAAAUAUCUGUACCAGUGUUUACAGCGGUGGACAGAGAUGUUUUUCUCCGACAGAUAUAUCCAAAGCGGAAACCUGCCGUGCUGCGAGGAGUGUGUCUGGGUCCCUGCGUGGACAAGUGGACUGUGGAGUAUCUUGCCCAGAAGGGAGGUGACAAGGAGGUGAAGAUCCACGUCUCCAGCGUGCCGCAGAUGAACUUUCUUCAAAAAAACUUUGUGUACAGGACGCUUUCGUUCGAUGAGUUUGUGAAGCGGACGUCUCAGGAGAAACACCCAGAUUUCUUCUUGUGUGAGGACGAGAGCUAUUAUCUUCGGUCCCUUGGAGAAGAUGUCCGAAAGGAACCAGCUGACCUGCAUAAACAGUUUCCCGAGCUAGCUGAGGACUUUCACAUCCCAAACUUCUUUGAGCGAGGUCAGUUUUUCUCCAGCGUGUUUCGCAUCAGCUCCCGCCGUCUGCAGCUGUGGACCCACUACGACGUGAUGGAUAACCUUCUGGCUCAGGUGACGGGGAGGAAGAGAGUGGUGCUUUACAGCCCGCAGGAUGCAUUGCACCUCUAUUUGAGAGGUGACAAAUCUGAGGUCUUGGAAAUUGACUCACCAGAUGUGAACUUGUAUCCUGAGUUUGUGAAGGCAGUGCGACACGAAUGUGUGCUGGAGCCUGGAGAUCUGCUUUUCAUUCCCGCCCUGUGGUUCCACAACACCCUGGCACUGCAGUUUGGUGUUGGCGUCAACGUGUUCUGGCGCCAUCUCCCUGCCGACAGCUACGACAAAAAGGAUCCAUACGGCAACAAAGACCCCGUGGCUGCGAGUCACGCCCUUCAAGCCCUAGAGAGGGCGCUGCGCAGUCUUGAUGAACUGCCGCCAGAGUAUGGCGACUUUUACGGUCGCCGCAUGAUUCAGCGAAUCCGAGAGCGGAUGUUUUGCGACUGCCCCUCAAGCCCACAGGUGGCCUCGGAGUGAUUUUACUCCAUGUAGUGGGAUAGGGAAGCUUGACGAUUUGGUGUCACCAUCGGCUUCGGAUACCUGCUUCUUUCUGACUGGCUCGUUUGGUGAAAUUCCGUCGUCGGAGAUGGUCAAAAGGAUGGCCCCGGGAAUUUGCGGCUUCACACCAAAAUGGCUGACUUCCUGUUCAAGGCCCGACAUGCGUCGUCCUCGAGCCUUUUUUUGUGUCUUUGAUAAAACAUGACAGGUGAGGGUCAAUGGCAAAAUUGCAUCAAAAGUUUUUGGACACUUUAUUGCACAGAGAGAACUCUUGUGUGCAUGACACAUUCAUGAUUAAAGCUUUUUUUU